AUCUUUGUCCUUUCAGAUCACAAAAAAAAUCACACUCAGCAGAAGUAGAAGAAGACUCAGAACUCGGAAAAAGGCAAAGAAAUGGCGGAGCCGGAGUUGGAACCAAUGGAAGAGCCACCGUCUCCUCCGCCUCCAGAUUCUUAUUCAAAGCCAGAGUUCGACAAGGAUCGGCACGUGACUUUCCUACAGAUGAUGUACCAGCUUUUGCCGUGGCAGUAUCAGAGCCAAGAGAUCAACCGCCUCACCCUCGCUUACUUCGUCAUCUCCGGCCUCGAUCUACUCUCCUCUAUCGAUCGCGUUGACAAGGACGCGGUCUCCAGUUGGGUUUUAUCCUUUCAAGCUCACCCAAAAUCUGAAGAUGAACCAAAUGAUGGACAAUUUUAUGGGUUCCAUGGUUCCAGAACUUCACAAUUUCCUGGUGAAAGUAGAGGGGUUAUGAGUCACAAUGGUAGUCAUUUGGCAAGCACAUACUGUGCCCUAUCCAUACUAAAGAUUGUUGGCUAUAAUCUAUCUAGUAUUGACUCUGAGAUGAUGCUGACAUCAAUGAGAAACCUUCAACAACCUGAUGGGAGUUUUAUGCCCAUCCACAUUGGGGCAGAGACAGAUCUUCGGUUUAUGUAUUGUGCAGCUGCCAUCUGUUUUAUGUUGGAGGAUUGGAGGGGCAUGGAUAAGGAGAAAGCAAAGGAGUACAUAAUAAAUUGCCAGUCAUAUGAUGGUGGCUUUGGAUUAACACCUGGUUCAGAAUCUCAUGGUGGUGCAACUUACUGUGCUGUUGCAUCUCUCCGAUUAAUGGGAUUCAUUGGAGAUGAUCUUCUGUCCAAUAGUACAACAUCAUCUAUUGUAAAUGUGCCAUUGCUGCUUAGUUGGAUCUUGCAGAGGCAGGCAAUGAAUGGUGGUUUUCAAGGUAGACCUAACAAAGAUAGUGAUACAUGUUAUGCAUUUUGGGUUGGAGCGACUUUACGAAUCUUAGGGGGCCUCAAAUUUAUUGAUGAAAAAGAAUUACAUGCAUUUUUGCUGACUUGUCAGUCUGAGUUUGGCGGUUUCAGUAAGUUCCCAGGGCAAUUUCCGGAUUUGUACCACUCCUAUUAUGGAAUUACCGCAUUCAGCCUCCUGGGGGAAUCAGGCAUGAGCUCACUGUGUGUUGAGUUGGGUAUAACAGAUCAGGCUGCUACAGGGAUCUGACUUAUUUGUUCUUUUUUAUUUUGUUGGCUUUGUAACAGUCAUCUGGAAAUGGUUGCACUGCCAGGCCAAAUUGGCAAGCAGUGCUUGGUUAUUGAAUUCAUGUGAUUUAAUUUGUCCAUUUAA